GGUUCUCUGUCUAAAUGUAGUUUAUGUGAAAAUACUGAGCUUUAUAAAUACAUAGCAUAUAGCAUUUAAGUAUUGACCAAAAGCAUAUAAAAUUAGCAUCUGGACAAAUGAAAAUUCCAAAAAUUAUGUCUAGAAAAGAGUAAUACAUUUUAUUUUCCACUGACAAGUUGUCACAGGAUGGAAUGCCAUGGGUGGGUCUUUUGUUCUGUAGAAGUAAAGCGUUUAAAGAUCAGUUUUUUUAAAGAUCGGAUGAUAUUGAUGUCUGCAUUUAUUUUUGUGCUAAGGCCUAAACAAUGUGUUUAGCAUAUUUUCUGUUUUAUUUCAAUAACAGCCCAAUUUUGCUAUUGUUAUCCAUCGCAUUUCUCAGAAAGAUUUGUGAGGUUUGCAUUCUCCGUCUGAACCAGCUCACCCGGUGUGAGGACAGACACGCAGCAAUUCACACCUGAAGGUACGCUGGAUGCCGGGCUCCCUGGCGCGCUCCCAGGAAUCCUCAGAAUGCAAGGUUUCUCUCAAAGGCGUCUUGCAUCAGCCUGUGGGUGAAUGCCGCCACCGGGCUCCUCCACCGGCUCAGUGGAAAAAGGAGCGUCUCACAACAAACCCUCCUUUUGGGGCCGGGGAGCGCAGUGGACUCCAGCUCGUUUUCUUCCUUCCACAGCUGUGCACGCCUGGAGGAGCGAAGAUCUACAACUGGUCUGGGGUUCGGUGUUCUAGAAAGUUCCGAGGGCUGUGGCUUGAAGCAGAGAAGCUGCGAUAAUUGAAGAGAAACAGAGGCCAGCUGCCCUGAGAGAAUGCUCUGCACCUGUUGAUGCUCCAGGUCCGACGCACCUGCUGAGAUGCUCCUGAUCCACGGAGGGGCCCUGCUGCUGCCCCUGCUGCUGAUCGUCUGGAGUCCAGCACACGCUCAGGUUAACCCAGACAUAUGCCGCUACCCCCUGGGCAUGUCAGGAGGCCGCAUUCCAGAUGAGGACAUCACCGCUUCCAGCCAGUGGUCAGAAUCCACAGCUGCCAAAUAUGGAAGGCUGGACUCGGAGGAAGGGGACGGGGCCUGGUGUCCCAAGAUUCCCGUGGAGCCAGGUGACCUGAAGGAGUUUCUGCAGGUUGACCUGCACACCCUCCACUUCAUCACCCUGGUGGGGACCCAGGGCCGCCAUGCGGGGGGCCAUGGCAUUGAGUUCGCCCCCAUGUACAAGAUCACCUACAGUCGGGACGGCACGCGCUGGAUCUCCUGGCGGAACCGGCACGGGAGACAGGUGCUGGAUGGGAACAGUAACCCCUAUGACAUUUUCCUCAAGGACCUGGAGCCGCCCAUCGUGGCCAGAUUCGUCCGCUUCAUCCCGGUCACUGACCACUCCAUGAACGUGUGCAUGAGGGUGGAGCUGUACGGCUGCGUCUGGCUGGAUGGCUUGGUGUCGUACAGUGCUCCCGCCGGACAGCAGUUUGUGCUCCCCGGGGGUUCCGUCGUUUACCUGAACGAUUCUGUCUACGAUGGAGCCGUUGGGUACAGCAGCAUGACCGAAGGGCUGGGCCAGUUGACAGACGGGGUGUCCGGCCUGGACGACUUCACCCAGACCCACGAAUACCACGUGUGGCCCGGCUACGACUACGUGGGCUGGAGGAACGAAAGCACCACCAACGGUUACAUCGAGAUUCUGUUUGAGUUCGACCGCGUCAGGAAUUUCACCACCAUGAAGGUUCACUGCAACAACAUGUUCGCCAAAGGGGUGAAGAUUUUUAAGGGGGUGCAGUGCUACUUCCGCUCUGAGGCCAACGAGUGGGAGCCUAACGCUGUGUCCUUCCCGCUGGUCCUGGAUGAUGUCAACCCCAGCGCCCGCUUCGUCACCGUGCCCCUCCACCACCGCAUGGCCAGCGCCAUCAAGUGCCAGUACCACUUCGCUGACACCUGGAUGAUGUUUAGUGAGAUCACCUUCCAAUCAGACGCGGCCAUGUACAACAACUCCGGAGCCCUGCCCCCGCCGCCUGUGGCACCCACCACCUACGAUCCAAUGCUGAAAGUUGACGACAGCAACACCAGGAUCCUGAUUGGCUGCUUGGUGGCCAUUAUCUUCAUCCUGCUAGCCAUCAUCGUCAUCAUCCUCUGGCGGCAGUUCUGGCAGAAGAUGCUGGAGAAGGCCUCCCGGAGGAUGCUGGACGACGAAAUGACGGUCAGCCUGUCGCUGCCCAGCGAGUCCAGCAUGUUCAACAACAACCGCUCCUCCUCGCCCAGCGAGCAGGAGUCCAACUCCACCUACGACCGCAUCUUCCCGCUGCGCCCGGACUACCAGGAGCCGUCGCGGCUGAUCCGCAAACUGCCCGAGUUCGCUCCGGGGGAGGAGGAGCCAGGCUGCAGUGGCAUCGUGAAACCUGCCCAGCCCAGCGGGCCUGAGGGCGUGCCCCACUAUGCAGAGGCUGACAUCGUGAACCUCCAGGGUGUGACAGGGGGCAACACCUACUCAGUGCCCGCCGUCACCAUGGACCUGCUCUCCGGAAAAGACGUGGCGGUGGAAGAGUUCCCCCGGAAACUCUUAACUUUCAAGGAGAAGCUGGGAGAAGGCCAGUUUGGGGAGGUUCAUCUCUGUGAAGUGGAGGGAAUGGAGAAAUUCAAAGACAAAGAUUUCGCCCUGGACGUCAGCGCCAAGCAGCCCGUGCUGGUGGCCGUGAAGAUGCUCCGAGCAGACGCCAAUAAGAACGCCAGGAACGACUUUCUGAAGGAGAUAAAGAUCAUGGCGCGCCUGAAGGACGCGAACAUCAUCCGGCUGCUGGCCGUGUGCAUCGCCGACGACCCGCUGUGCAUGAUCACCGAGUACAUGGAGAACGGCGACCUCAACCAGUUCCUGUCGCGCCACGAGCCCCCCAGCGCGCCCGCGGGCAGCGUGCCCACCGUCAGCUAUGCCAACCUGAAGUUCAUGGCUACGCAGAUAGCCUCCGGCAUGAAGUACCUUUCCUCCCUCAACUUCGUGCACCGAGACCUGGCCACGCGCAACUGCCUGGUGGGCAAGGACUACACCAUCAAGAUCGCCGACUUCGGCAUGAGCCGCAACCUGUACAGCGGCGACUACUACCGCAUCCAGGGCCGCGCCGUGCUGCCCAUCCGCUGGAUGUCGUGGGAGAGCAUCCUGCUGGGCAAGUUUACUACAGCGAGCGACGUGUGGGCCUUCGGGGUGACCCUGUGGGAGACUUUCACCUUUUGCCAAGAGCAGCCCUACUCCCAGCUGUCAGAUGAGCAGGUCAUCGAGAAUACCGGCGAGUUCUUCCGAGACCAGGGGAGGCAGACCUACCUCCCCCAGCCGGCCAUUUGCCCCGAUUCUGUGUACAAGCUGAUGCUGAGCUGCUGGAGGAGAGACACCAAGCACCGGCCCUCGUUCCAGGAAAUUCACCUUCUGCUCCUUCAACAGGGUGACGAGUGACGGUCCCCGCGGAGGCGCCGCCCUCCUCGCCAGGCCUGCCACUCACCCACGAAGCCACUCCGUCUGGACGUCGAAUGAGCUGAGGGACAGGCUCGUUUGCUUCUCUCUCUCUCUCUCUCACUCGUCUCCCUCCACUGCACUCCCCACUCUCUACCCCCGACCCAUAUAUACAUUUUUUUACAUUAAAGAACUAAAAAAGAAAAAAAAAGCCUAGGGCAGAUAAGGUCUAGUAAAGAUGUCUUACCUGAUACAGCAAAGUGCUGGAUAGCAGAGGCUAGAUAAUUUAGAUAAUUUAUAAAGGGUAAAUACGCUUGUGUUGAUACAUGUGCAGAUUCUACCAUGUUUUUUCCAUGUCACUGUUAAAAGAAUAGUUUCAGAAAGAAAAACUUGAAGAAUGCUGACGUCUUAGCAGACGUGAUUGGGCUUCGAGAAAACCGCACUUGUUAAGUGUGGAGACUGAUGACACGGCUUCCUAAGUGACCACAGGUGCUUCUGUUUCCUGAUGUGGCCUCUGGACUGUCCCAUAGUCUGCGUUUCCCUUCCCUGUUGAAGGAGAAGAGACACGCUUGGAAGCCCCCAGCUUCUUGGAGUGGGUGUUUUCUUCAUUCGCGGCGGGUCGGGGUGGAGGUCUGUGUGCCAGGAAAUACAGAGGGAAGCAUGUCUGCUGCAAGGUUGUAGGAAGGGAACAGUCAUUUGCAAAACAAAACAAAACAACAGAAACGUACUGGCGCAGGCAAGGUUUCUUAGAUGGAGCGGCCACAAGCAGUGGCCCGUGGAGGACAGGUGACAGGAGUGCCCCUCAUAUCUGCAGAGGCCCCCCUCGCCCCCCUUGUCUGGGUCAGACCCCUUCAGGUGUGUUACUGAGAGCGUGGUUUUGAAGCUGUGUGGACGGGUGUUUGAUAGCUUGAUCCUAGGCCCUCUGGUUCUUCAGAUCUUCGGCUCUUUGAGUGGAUGAGUCCCCUUGGCGACCUGUGGGCUGGGGCUGAAUCUCAGGCGAGCACAGCAGCGACUGAUCUAUUGUUUCUGCAGGGCUGAGGGGACCAGUGCAGGAGGGGGCGUCACGGGGAGACCGAUUUCCUCUCCUUGUUAGAGGAGAUGGUACAAGAUGAGUGGGCUUUGUCUGGAGGUGGGGUCCCUUGUCACCGAAGAGGCUCAGAUUCAGGCUGAAGAACUGGGGAAGGGAGACGGAGGCUCCGAGACACAGAAGUGGCGUGAGAUGGGCCGGAUGUCCUACCGCACAGGACGAGCAUGACAGAGAAGACACCCAGACAACACACUCGUCCUCGGAGAGGUUCUGACCAGCAGAGAAGAAGGCGUAAGGCUGUGGCCCUGAUGCACUGCCAGCUCAGAGUCCCCUCAGAACUGGCUGUGUCUGAGCCUUCGCAUUCCACGAAUCCUGACUUGGUGGGAAGCAGGAAGGAGGAAAGGGGAGACCUUGGUUCCCGCUGGGGAGAAACAAGGAAAGAUUGUGGAGUGAGCCCCAUCAGAGGAAGAGUCUCGACCCCUUGGGCCCGCGGUGCUGCUCUCACGUGGCCCGUCACAGCCUCUCAGGAACCUGUGUGUCCCCCUGUUCAGCCUCAGCGUGCUCCUGGCCACAGCAGGAGCCCAAACCUCACGGCCCAAGGUCACUUUUCAGGUCAGCGUCCUCCUCAACAAGUGCCCGGCCCAUCGUGUGCCAUGACCCUGGACUAACCUUGGUGACGUCACUGGGUGGCAGUCAGGACAGCCUCGCUUUGGGAGCUUGAUCCCAGCUCUGCUUCAAACCAAGUGUGUCCCAUGGACAAGUCAUGGUGCCUUCUGGACAUCGCUGUCCUUAUCGGUAGAGUGCGGACAUGGUAGAUGGCCCAGAAGUCUCCUUCAGUUCUGGUACGUUCCAUGGUCGCUGGGUGAUUGGAUCUACAGCUGAUGCGGACUCAGUGACCUGAUCGUCUGUCUCCAGCUCUGAGAAUAGUGGUUGGUGAAGGUCGGCAGGAAGUCACCAUGACAGAAACAGUGUCCCGUCACGUGCGCACUGCUUCCAGCCCCUUGUCACAUUGGACGUGUGCAGGGCCAGACGUGAUCUCUUACACCUGCGACCUGCCACCCUCUGCUUUCAAGAUCAGUGUUAACUUCAGGUGUUAGAGCUCUGCAGAGAAGCAGAGCCAACGGGUGUAUGUCAUGGCUGACUUAGUACAAGGAAUUGGCUCCAUAGCAAUCAUGAGCUGAGCAGCAGACCCAGGAGGGCUGGUGCUGGUGUCGCUGUGAAAGCCGGGGGUCAGCGGGGAUGUGUCGGCGCCCCUGUCCGCCAGAGCGAACCCCCUUCCUCCUGCUCUUCCAUUCGGACCGGAUGCUGCCUGCCCACACUGGGCAGGCCCCUCUGCCUUCCUCUACCGGUUCAAACGCUCAUCUUGUCUGCAAUCACCUCCAGACACACCAGGAAUAAUGUGUAAUCUGGGCGCCGCGUGUCCCAGUCAAGUGGACAUAGGAAGUUCACCAUCACGUUCCACUAGAAUUAAAGGGCCUCAGACUGUUGUCCUGUGUCCACCUCUCUGCAGGGCCACGUCCUGACCAUGCCAUCACUUCUUCCGUGGCAAGAGAAAAUAAUACGGUUUCCCCUUCGUUGCUCUAACACUGCUCCACUCCUUUUUACCAUCCUGCCUUGAUACACUGCAUUUCUCAAUUCCACAGACAAUAAUGCUAUUUAAUGUGAACUCUGUGUGCCUGGAGUUCCCUAGCCUUGAGUCAGAGAGGUUACCUGUUUCAGGCGGCUGGCAAAAGCGGUCUGUCACGCAGUUACCGUUUUCUGGGAGGAGGGAGGCGCCAUCUUCUGGCAUGGAGACCUUGUGUUGUAGACGCGGUUUCACCUCCAGCCUGGUCCUGCCCACAGCAUCUAUAGCACAAGCGUAAGGGACCCAGCCGGGGGCACGGCCUAGCGAGUAGAAUUUAAAAGUAGCUCGAAUCCAACUGAGAAGAACGAAGCGAGGAACUAGUUACAAAAGGAGGUAGGAAAGGGAUGAGAGGCUGGGGCCUGGUUCCCUUUGUGGUAAGCUGUGCUCUUCACUACGGAGGUGAAGUGCUUCGUGUUCACAUUGUGGUUUGGGGUAGGCAGGUUUAAGUUCCGACGCCUGCUGGCUGAGGUGCCGAGAGCCAGGCCCUAAACUUGACGUGCUGUCCAGAUGUGUGUGCUCAGAAAAGGUCUGAGUGGAAAGCGGCCCAAGGGAAGGGGCUCUUGGCGCUGUGUUGAGGUCACUUGUGAGGGCGUGAGGCUGUGACAGAGCUGCAGGGAGUGGGGUAACGGACAGUGAGGAACGGCUGUGGUGGCCGGCUGGGAAGAAGGCCAUAGGAGAGGCAGUGGGGAGCACACGGGAAGGCCUGGGGCAUCGGGGAGGCAAGACAGAAAGGGGGGUUGUGCCGAGUCCAUUCUGAGAUGGGGCAGGAAAAAGUACGUGUCUUGAAGGUAAAGGAUGGAUCUGUAUGGAGAAAGAAGUCCUGGGUGAUGGAGAUUAAAAAGUAUUUGUUAAGAUGAGAAGCCUGGGGCAGGGCAGGAAAGAGAGGGGAGCUUCUCCGAGUUUAAGAAAGGGGGGCUCAUUGUGCACAAGCACCCCCACGGAGGGAGGAAGUGGGAGACGGGGAGUCUGAGCGCCUGUGUCCUGGACCACUGGGCUUUAAUGGUGCCCGGAGGGCUCGAGUGCCCGCACUGGGCUUGGAAACGAAGCCUUGGACACGGGGACCCACGCUGGUUCACUAAGCACGUGUCCCCUUCUCUCGCUCCUGUUAAUGGAAUCAGUGCUGUGCCCAGGAAGGUCACAGGGCACGGAAGCAGUGGGCUUGAGCAGACGACCACACCUUGUCUGAUGGCCGCACAGAGGAGUGAGCCUGCUGGGGCCAGCCAGGCGUCCCACAGGAAGCCGCGAUGCGGGGCUGGGAUACGUGCUCCGAGUGAAGAAGAGAAGGGGAGUGUCAGGAAGGAGACAGCGAUGAAGACGUUCCGAGGAAAUCAUCCAAAACAGCACCUGUCUUGCCCCAAACUAUAAAAAAUGAAGAAGAUUACAGUUGAGGCUUAGGUCACUCCCAAAACAUGGCGGUUCCGUCUUUGACCCUAGGGUGACGUUACAGGCUUUCUCUCAGCUUUCCCUGGACCGCUGGCCUCGGGCCUGCGCAUGGCAGGUCCCUGGAUGUUUCUGGAGGUUGUGGAUCCUGGUCCAUGCUGGGAAAUCCUUUUGAAUUGAAACUUAACAUUUUAUAGAAGCAGAGAAUGUCUUUCCCACUUGGUAACUGUCUUGGAGUGCAGAACUGGCUGGAAAAAGGCUGGGAUGGGUGGCAGGGACUGGAUGUGUGGCAUUUUGGGUUUUCUGCCACAGCGCUUCCUGGCAGACACAGCGCUUCCAGGUGGGCAAUUGUUGAGUUGUGCAUCCUUUUUUAAACUUGUUAUUUUGAAAUACUGUGAGACUUAUGAGAAGGUGGCCUUACCCUAACAGCAGGCCUAAGGAAGGAUUUGCAGAGACCAGAGAGAUGGCACGGUGGAAUAAGGUAAUCGCUUUGGGUGAAAGCUUUUUUCUUGAAAAAGAGGCUUGGCACUAACGCCAGUGGGGAGGACGACUACAGACACAUCGAGUUUGUAACCUAGCUGCCAACUGUAUGCCCUCUGCUGUGCAUGGGACCCACUCCUCUCCCGCGGCCGCUGACUUUGCGGUAACGUGGAGCUGCUUCCUGGGCUCCGCUCUGCAGGCUCUCCGGCCCAGAAUGUGUCUUGUCAAGGGGUAAAGAGCAAACUGAUUUCAUUCCUGCUUAAAACUAUCGCAGUCAUUCCAAAAUAGAAUACGUAAAAUUUCUCUGUAUUAGGAAAAGAAACGAGAUACCAAUUGUAUAUUUUCUUUUCUUUAUUUAUUCUCUGUAAGUCUGUCAGAUGAUAAAUUGUAAAUAACAACGAUUAAAGAAAUAUGCUACUGA